AUGGAACCUGAUGUUGACUUAUAUGAUGGCUCUGAGAGAUGGAAUUUCAUAUCAGACGAGGAGUUGCCAGAGGUACCUGAUAUUAAGGGCGGCUCAAAGAAGUAUCCAAGUGGAAAGACCACUGGAACUAUUGUAAAGGUACAGGUUAUUAGACAGGCACAUCAUCAACCACAGGCGUCUACUCAUUCACCACCAAUAAGACCAAACUCAAUGGCUCCGACUCGAAUGUCAAUGCCACCACCUCCACCCAACACUGCACCCAGACCCCCUGUACCAGGCGGUCCACCACCUCAACAACACAACAACGACUCACCAUCAGUUCCCCGCGCGGCACCAAGUCGUCCACCACCCGGAAACAUUCAAUCUCCACCUCCCCGCCCUCCAACCAACCAGGCACCUCGUCCACCUCCCCCCGCGCGAUCACCCUCGCUACAGGGCGAGUCAAUGAGUGAACAUGUGCCGACACCACAGCCACCUGCACCGGCGACCAGGACGCCGCCAGUGCCCGGCUCCUCGAUUCCACCUCGACCCAACCAACCAUCACGUCCGCCUCCAUCAGCAGUAGGCGGUGGCGGUACCCCACCUCCACGUCCAUCCGUGCAGCCUCGUCCGCCACCCGGCUCACCCAGCGGUGCCGCUGGUACACCACCCAAGCCAGACCGUCCGCCCGUUCCAGGUGGAGCUAAAGUGCCACCUCGUCCAGGCGCACCGGCUCCCUCGACCAGCACCGGUGGAGGCGCGGCUCCUCCCCCCAAGCCUCGAGCAACCCCACCCGUUCCUCCUCGUUAA